AUGCCAAGCCUCAGCCUCAAUCCAUCCAUGGCAACCGUCAACAUGAGUGACAGUCAUACAGAGAACAUUUCGAUUGGGUACAAAACUCGUCGAUCCCACCGGAAGUCUCGACAUGGUUGCCAAAAGUGCAAGGAUCGAAGAAUCAAGGUAUGCAAGAUCACAUGGAUAUGGAUCGGAGUUGGCCUCAACUUCACCCAAAUUGGCCAUGUGGUGACAAUUUACAGUGCGAUGAGCUGA